AUGACAAUAUUCAAUUUUUACUUGUUUAAUCGAGAUGGCGCAUGUGUUCUAUACAGGGAAUGGAGACGGGAAAAAAAAGCGGUAAUGUCAAUGGAACAGGAAUUGAAAUUAAUGUAUGGCAUGCUAUUAUCAUUACGCUCAUUCGCUUUGAAACUUUCGACAGCAGCUGGAAUUCAACAAGUGAAUAGUUUUGAAACUAGUCAAUAUAAGUUAAACUAUCUGGAAACACCCACUGGAUUGAAAAUGGUUCUCAACACGGAUCCAAAUGCAGCCGGGAUUCCUGAGCUUAUGCGUAGUAUUUAUCAGGCAUAUGUCGAUGGAGUGAUAAAAAAUGUGCUAAUUGAAAGUAAUGCGCAAUUAAGCAAUGAACUUUUCAAUAGCCGACUUGAACAACUAAUUCAAAAUCAUCCAUCAUUUUGA